CUGGAUAUCAACUGCCCACGACUACCCGACCCAGCCUAUGCUUACAAUGACACAUUCGCUCGUUACUACAUUUAUCCUCUCAUCGGAGGUCUUUUCGGAGAAACUCCCAUACCGUGUUUGAAAAAUAACCUGCCCUACGUCUCAUUUUACAAAACCAUCAAUGUCACUUGUUCCGAUGAAUUGCCUAAUGUAACUUGUCACGGCUAUACUGCAUUGGAUCCAGUUGAGAAGGCUGUAAUCAUAGUCUACCAUGGAGCAAGCAGUAAUACCGAGAAACUUGAAAUAAUGGCUAGUACAUAUGAAGAAAAAAUUCCAUUUUUCGAUGAUGGACAUAUUUACAAAUAUUACCAUGAUGCCUUCAUGCACAUAUGGGCGGCCACCCUUUCACAACAAGUGCGGACAUUGAAGUACCUCUAUCCCGAUUACAAAGUCUAUGUUACCGGUCACUCUGCGGGAGGCGCUUUGGCCGGUGUUACAGCUGCUUAUCUGGUGAAAUGGAACCAUUGGUUACCGAAAGACGUUCGCCUAAUCACUUUGGGACAACCACGUACUGGUGACUAUGAAUUCGCCUUAUGGCAUGAUGCAGCGUUCCCUUACUCUUACCGUAUCAAUCACCAUCACGAUCCAGUACCUCAUACGCCUCCCAUGAAAGGAAAGGAUGAACCCUUCCAUUAUCGAUAUGAAGUUUGGUACGACAACGACAUGGCAGUUGGCCAACCCUAUACGAUCUGUCCAGAGGGUGACGGAAAUUACUGUAGCAAUCUGGCAAAUAAUACAGAUGGUGCCGAACAUUUGGUGUAUUUCAACCGACCGAUGAAAGUCUGGGGUCCAGCAGGAUGUCCCCCAUAA